GGCACAGUUGAAUACUGAUUCGAUAUCAAAAUGGCAUGGGCAUGUUCAGCGGGAUCUAACUCUGGCUUAAUUGACAACCUCCGUCGGGCUGGUAUAUUUCACAGCGAGCGCAUAGCACAAGCUAUGAAGGCGAUAGACAGAAAGGAUUACACUAGUCGGUACCCGUACGAAGAUUCUCCGCAGACCAUUGGUUAUGGUGCCACCAUAUCUGCGCCUCAUAUGCAUGGCUAUGCGUUGCAAUAUCUGGAGCCAUAUUUACAGCCCAAUAUGAAAGCGUUGGAUAUUGGCUCUGGCUCCGGUUAUCUCACGGCCUGCAUGGCGGAGAUGGUCGGCCCUGAAGGCAAAGUGAUCGGAGUAGAACAUAUCAAAGAAUUAGUCGACAUGGCUGAACGAAAUGUUGCAAAGCAAAGGCAGGAUUUACUGAAAUCCAGUAGGGUCAGAUUUGUGGCUGGAGAUGGUCGAUUAGGCUAUCCUAACGACGGCCCGUACGAUUGCAUUCAUGUAGGAGCUGCUGCUAGUAAAAUGCCACAAGAGUUGAUCGAUCAAUUAAAGGCUCCAGGACGACUAUUCAUACCUGUCGGAGUGGCGUCACAGACCAUCAUUCAAAUUGAUAAGCAAGCGGAUGGAACGGUUGUGAAAAAGGAGUUAAUGGGUGUCAUGUAUGUUCCCUUGACGGAUCCAGAGAAGCAGAGGAGCGGGCAUUAAAGUACCGGUCAGCGUAACGAAUGCAACCACUUUCUGUAUAAAAAAAUAUGCGUAAGAAUUUACGAUUGCUCAUACGGUAGCUAUCAGGCUACACAGCAACGAUCAAUAGCAAUUAUCCUAGUGGUUUUAAAACUGUUUAACAAGUACAGCAUGUUGAAUAAAUAGCCAUGACUACCAUGUAUUAAUG